AUAUGGUGCACCAAACAAACAUCAUAUUGAGAAAGAAAUAGAGAAAGAAUGGAUCAAGCAAAAGAAGACAAGGGCACCGUAAGUGUGAUCGGAGGAACAGGUUAUGUAGCAUCAUGGCUGAUCAUGAGGUUACUUCAUCACGGCUACAAAGUUAGAACUUCAAUUAGACUCACCCAUGGCAGCAAAAAAGAUGUUAGUUACCUCAGAAACCUUCCCUGCACAUCAGAGAAUCAGCUAGAAAUCUUCAAUGCAGAUAUGGAUAAUCCAGAAAGCUUUAAUGAAGUCAUCCAAGGAUCCAUUGCUGUCUUCCAUGUAGCCCAUCCUGGAGAUUUCGAGGAUAAAGAACCAGAAGAAAUCAUAACUAAAAGAGCCAUAAAUGGAACUCUAGGAAUCCUGAAAGCAUGUUUGAGAUCAAAGACAGUGAAAAGAGUUGUUUAUACUUCAAGUGCAUUUACAGUUCUUUAUAGUGAAAAGGAUAUUGACAUGAUAGAUGAAACUAAUUGGACUAAUGAAGAUUAUGUUAGGACUACUAAACCAUUUGGAGCUUCAUAUAUAAUUUCAAAGACAUUGACUGAAAAGGCUGUUAUUGAUUUUGGAGAGAAAUAUGGUCUUGAUGUUGUUACUAUAAUCCCUCCUAUGAUUAAUGGCCCUUUCAUUUGCCCACGAUUGCCCGGUUCAGUUUACACCUCCUUAGCUUUGGUUUUCGGGGAUGUGGAAUUGUAUAAGCAUUUAGUGAGAUCACCAAUGAUACAUAUUGACGAUGUAGCGAGUGCACAUAUCUUCCUUCUUGAAUAUCCAGAUGCAAAUGGAAGAUACAUUUGUUCAUCUGGGGAAGUAACAAUUGAUAAGAUAUCAGAAUUCAUUAGAGAUAAAUACCCGGAAUAUGAUCAAGUAGUUCCAACACCUGACUCUUUGAAGGAGGUUGAAAUGGUGAAAUAUCCGAAGCUUUCGUCGAAGAAACUAUUGGAGACGGGUUUCAAGUUUAGGUUUGGGCUGGAGGAAAUGUAUGAUGGGGCAAUACAAUCAUGUAAAGAAAAGGGUUUUCUUUAGCUUAUAAGAUUUAAGUUUUGCUCAAAUUUGCCUUUGUUAUCGGUCUUGUAUAGAACUGUCACAACUUCAUUCAUCUCUUUCAGGCUCAAGAUCAUUCAUUCUAGUGAAUAUAUUUUACAACAAUUGUACUA